AUGCAACAGAGGCACUCGCCGGAACAGACUAGGACUGUGGUACCGAACACAAUGUGGGCAUUUGAACCUACGAGGACGCCACAUUCGGAUCAUAAUCAACUGAGCAGGAAACGUCACCGCGAGACGGAUGAUGCGUUUGUCGAAGAGGGCCAAUCAGCUCUGCGCCCCGGCUUUCGAUGCGGCUAUACUCGUAGCCCAACUGGAACGCGCGAUCAACCGAAGUCAAAGCGCAAAUGCCUGUCUCCCUAUUCUGUGCAGGUGUCUCGUCCUGUAUCACAAACUUAUAAGCUAACAACGGCAUUUCUCAGCAUGUCCGACCUGAAUCAAGAGCCUGACAUCGUCGCCACUGGCAGUGCAGACACUGCCAAAUUUGCAUGCGGAACCGUUGCGAUCAGAUCAGCGAUUCCCGACGCAGCAUCGUAUGCAUCAGGAAAAACCCACUUUCCUUAUUUGGACUUCACGCAUGUUUAA